AUGCCUUUAUUCGAAGAAACAAUAAAUAAUCAACCCCCUAAACCCACUGCCGACAGUGGCUCAGAAAAGCAAACCCAAUAUAAACCUAAUAGUUUAAUUACCACCAUCGGACAAUUACUUCCGCUGGCUCCUUUUGUUUAUGAACAGUUCACCGGACAAAAAGUUCCCGCCAUGAGCGGAACCAUCGCCGAAAUCCAAAGCGGAAUUCAAACUAUUCUCCAUAACCAACAACAAUUAGCCCAGCGAAUAGUGAAUUUAGAAACUAACGCCUCGCAACAGUUAACCAAUCUAACCCAACAAUUUCAAUCGCUCCGUUUAACCCAUACCAAAGAAAGAAAAGAAAUUGACUUUAAUAACCCACCCCCUAAAUUAGAAAAUCAAGAAUAUUAA